CUUUGAAUCACUUAAUCUGUCACCUCGCUUUGUGCCAUGUCAUUACCAAUUGGGCAUAAUCUAUACAUGCUGUGCAACUCACUUGCUCAUUCUUCGCUGCUGCUUCUGAUCGCGCUGCUCUUUUGACUCCUUCCUGCUGCUUCUUGUGCAUUCACACACAGGCACCUCACCAGCGUAUACCUGCAAGCUCUGUUGACUUAUCAUUCCUCAGAGGAGCUGUUAUUGAUUUCUGUACUCUUGCUUUGGGUGGUUAAAAAAAGCGCUCUUUUGUGAAGGAGUGAGGUGUCGACACAAAACCAGAGAAGCGUGUUUAUUCUCAAUAAAUUUGCGGGUCAUCUGCUGAAGGUGGGCUCUUUUUAAAUCUGAGUUUCAGUUAUAUGUGCUUCAAUGUGAUUAUACUGUAGCAUAAAACCUUCUGGAGGGGAUCUCUGGAAAACAAAACGGUUGGGUUGAACUUUAUUAACCUUCAAACCUGUUCAAAGUUCAAAUGCUCUGGUUGAGUUUGCCAUUGAAACAGACCAAACAGUGUUAGCACUGAAAACAGAAUAGCCUCUCCUGGCUACACAUUGUAUGCUGACCCGUACUGCAAGUGUGCACGUGCAUCGAGAGCGAUGGUGAUGGUACACUUUAACGUGGAUGCCCACAGAUGUGCCUGUGGUAACCUCCGUCAGUGACCGCAGAAAGCAGGUCCUCCCCCUCAGAAAUAACUGCCCCUGCCAGUCCUCUUUAAGCUAUAAACUCACUUAUCAGUAGCACUCUGCCCUCGUGCCCCCCACUCAUAUAAAAGCAAGAGGACACCCUGCCUCUUCCCCACUCCCUACACUCUUCAGUCCACACAUGUCAGCUUCACCAGCUGCAGCCAUGCCAGCAGACUUUAGUGGAAAAUGGAUACUGGAAUCCAGUGAGAAAUUUGAGGAUUACUUGAAAGUACUGAAUAUUGACUUUGCUACAAGGAAAAUUGCCAUCUCCCUAUCUCAGACCAAAGUGGUUUUCCAAGAUGGGGACAAGUUUGACUUCAAAACACUGAGCACCUUUAGGAAUUAUGAGCUGGCCUUCACUGUAGGCGUGGAGUUUGAUGAGUACACCAAGGGACUAGACAACAGAAAUGUCAAGAGUCUGGUGAAGUGGGAUGGGGACAAGCUGGUGUGCACUCAGAAAGGCGAGAAGGCCAACCGUGGCUGGAAGCACUGGACUGAAGGAGACAAACUCUACCUGGAGCUGACAUGUGAAGGUGUAGUUUGUCGGCAGGUGUUCAAGAGAAAAGAAUAAUAAAGUCAAU